UCAGCACAGCUCAAUGUUCUUCUCUGAGCUCACCACCUCCUCCCGCCCGCACGCAGUCCCGCACCGCACACACAACUGCAGCCAGCAUAAAGAGAGGUAGGUGCCGAGGCGAAGCUAGAAGAAGACAGCACGGCACAAAGGGAGAGGAGCAGACGAUCGACGAUGGCCAGCGGCGGCGCUAACACUGUCCCCCUCGCCACUCCCUACAAGAUGGGAAAAUUUGAUCUUUCCCACAGGGUAGUUCUCGCACCACUGACGAGACAGCGGUCCUACGGCAAUGUUCCUCAACCUCAUGCCAUACUGUAUUAUCAACAGAGAACGACUAAAGGAGGUCUUCUAAUUGCUGAGGCCACUGGAGUGUCAGACACUGCUCAAGGGUACAAAGACACCCCUGGCAUUUGGACCAAUGAGCAAGUCGAAGCUUGGAAGCCAAUCGUAGAUGGGGUUCAUCAGAAAGGAGGGAUAUUUUUCUGUCAGAUUUGGCACGUAGGGAGAGUCUCUAAUUCCAGUUUUCAGCCUAAUGGGCAGGCUCCAAUUUCAAGCACUGAUAAGCCACUAAAACCUCAAGUGAGAGCCAAUGGUGUAGAUGUGGCUACUUUCACACCUCCUAGACGCUUAGAGACUGAUGAAAUCCCUUUGGUCAUCAAUGAUUUCAGGGUAGCUGCUAGAAAUGCAAUUGAAGCUGGGUUUGAUGGUGUUGAAAUCCAUGGAGCUCACGGUUACUUGAUUGAUCAGUUUCUAAAGGAUCAGGUCAAUGAUCGCACAGACAAAUAUGGUGGCAGUUUAGAGAAUCGUUGCCGGUUUGCACUAGAAAUAGUUCAAGCUGUAGUUGAUGAAAUUGGUGCUGACAAGGUCGGGAUAAGGCUGUCACCCUUUGCCAGUUAUUCUGAAGCACCGGACUCAAACCCUGAAGCUCUUGGCCUGUAUAGCAAGGCACUGGAUAAAUUUGGAAUUCUCUAUUGCCACAUGGUGGAGCCGCGGAUGGUAAAACUUGGUGAAAAAUUUGAAACCCCAUACAGUCUUCGUCCAAUGAGGGAUGCUUUCAAGGGAACAUUUAUAGUUGCUGGGGGCUACACCAGGGAGGAUGGAAAUGACGCAAUCUCCACUGGGUAUGCUGAUUUGAUUGCAUAUGGGCGCUUGUUUUUGUCUAAUCCUGACUUGCCUCGAAGGUUGGAAAUAGAUGGUCCCCUUAACAAGUACAACAGAGAUACAUUUUACAUCCCUGAUCCAGUUAUUGGAUAUACAGACUACCCAUUUCUUUCAUCAGAUGUGUGAAUGUCCAUUUUCAGCAAAGGCUUGUUUAGAUUUGAGUAGCUAGUUGCUGUACCAGUAAUAUCAGAACUCAGAAGAAUAAAUCAUUGGUCUGGAUGCCUCAUUUUCAUGUACAUGGACAAAGCAUUAUGAUAAUUGAAUUGUGCCUCCAAUAUUAUAGUAGUAAAGAGAUUGAGAAGAAGAUGAAUCAGUUAUGAAGUCUGUUUAAAAAGGCAGCCUGGUUUACCAGCAACUACCAUUAUCCUGUUGUAGUCACAUGGGGCUUGCAUUUUUCCUCCUUUUGCUUCCACAUGUGUGCCAAUAGUUACUGCCGAAGCCCUGAGUUUCUAAGUGAACUUGUUUGGGCGAUUUGCCUGAAUAUUGUGUGUAAUGAAUAUGUGAUUUGCCAUUAAAAAAAAAGUCAAUAAAAGGACUGUAUCUUAUCUUAGUGAAA